CAGGUUCCGAAUAUCUCUCUGCUUAUCCACAAUUACUUUCUACGUGCUUUCCCUCAUCUGAGAUCAAAUCUAAUACGCGAAGCGUGGUGCUUGAGGAAGAAAAACAAUAACAAUGGCGCCUAGGAAGAGGAAGAACGGCGAGCCAGCGACUGCCCCUGUGGAAAAGGCCGAGGCAGACGGCACUAUUGAGGUCACCCUGGCGUCAGAACCGGUCAAGAUCAAUAACGCCCACUUGCGGGAAGUGAAGGAUGCGCUUGACGAUGCUGUACGACGCAUGCUUACCCUCCCGGACCAGUUCAAGCAGAACCAUCGACACCUGGACAUCGUGCUCGCCCUUGGGUGGGGUUCUGUAAUAGCCGCGGGUGCUACGGGGCUGUACGGGUACCUCGUAGAGUUUGAGAAGUCCAAGUUUCUCGUGGAGAUCGGGGUGGCCUUGUAUUGUCUAUUGAGCUCGUUGCGAUACCUGUACCAGUGGUUUGUCGGCAAGGAUAUCAUCUUUGUGGGAAAGCGGCGUAGUGUCGCAGGCAGAAUCGAGACCGAACGCCUGACACUCUCCGCGCGCCUUACGCCCACCCCUCGCUCAAACCCCACCUAUACCCUCAGCCUCUCCUACAAACGCACGACCAACUCAGGCAAGACUCUGCUGCAGGCAACGACCGUUAAGCCUGGGAAGGAGACCAAGAUUGCUACGUGGUUCGAUGCGGAGGGGAACAUGGACGUGAUUGGGUUCCAGAAGUGGGCUGGGGAGGUUGUGGAGAACGCUAUGGAGUCGAAGACUUCAUAAGGAUCGGAAGGGGAGAGAGGGUUAUACCCUAGAGAGGUGGCGAGCCACUAAAAUUGUAUGAUAUGUUUGUUGUGAGGCUUGGUAAUCCGAUCUGCUCAUGCAGCAGCGUUACUGAG